CGGCGGCCAAACCCUGCAUCACCCUUGCUUGCUGUGGUGGAUUUGGCACUCGGAGAAGCAGCGCGGCAGACGUGCGUCACUUGCCUGCCUAUCUUGGCCAAGCAAGUCGGAACACGCAUCGCAUCGGCAGGGGGGGGUCGCGCGUCGCGUCUACAUUUCCCACCAAGGCAAGUCUAGCGCGUAAAUUGAUGCCCGUCCUCUGCUAGACCUCGACGAAUUGCCCUUGCUGUUCGAGCGACUUGUCCAAAAAGAGGCGAGGCACGGCUGCUGGCUUCGAACUUGCAUGGCUUUCGCACCGUUCGUCAGCUGUAAGGAUCCGGCGACUGAGCAUUGUCCACGCCCAGCAUGGCUCAUUUGGGAAGGCGCGACACGUCUGAGGAACCAUACCGCCAGGGAAGCUAGCGCUUCCUUCCCCCUUUCUCUUGGUGUAUCCGCUGGGGCAACACCGCGGAACGCCCCUUACCGCUCAGAAGCCUGGUAUGCAAGUCUCAGCUCGGCAUUAUUUCCCACGCCCUUUCCCCUUGCCUUUCUGAGACAAGCUCAAGCUCAAGCUUUUUGGGGUCGAGAGAAAAGUGGCGGCGGCGAUGGAGGCUACGACGCGGUUGCUCUGCGUCCACCAAGCAAGCAGCACAGGUGGAUGGGCACUUCAUCGCAUGCACGCUCAAAGGGGCAACUUCGCGACAGCCGGCUUUCGCUGUAGACUGCUCAUCAGACUCGUCUUGGCAAAGCAGCGCAGUAUCAGUCCAUCAUGAUAUGUAUGAGUACGUCGUGCGUGCACCGGUGCAAAGUCCUCGCGUGCAGCAGGGAUCAGCAAAAGCAUGUCUUGGAACGGGC